AUGGAUGCAAUUUGUAAAGAUUUAAAGGAAUGUCAUAUGUUGGGAAAAGCAGCAGCAAUUAUUUAUACAAUUGAGUUUCAAAAACGUGGCUUGCCUCAUGCGCAUUUGUGCUUAUUCAUGGAACCAGAAGCUAAACUUCUCACUGUUGACCAAGUUGAUCCGUUCAUAUGUGCCGAAAUUCCAAACAGAGAUGAUGACCCAGAGUUGUAUACGCUUGUGAAGGAUUUUAUGAUUCAUGGACCGUGUGGUAAUGCUAAUAUGAACUGCCCAUGUAUGGUUGAUAAACAGUGUUCAAAAGGUUUUCCAAAAAGAUUUCAAGAUACUACGACAAUUGACGCCAAUGGUUUCCCAUUAUACAGAAGGAGAGAUGAUGGAGCAACAGUUGUCAAAAACCGGAUCGAGUUAGAUAAUAGAAGUGUUGUACCAUACAACAAAAAGUUAUUGGAAAAGUAUCAGGCACAUAUAAACGUUGAGUGGUGCAAUCAAGCUGGGUCAAUUAAGUAUUUGUUUAAGUAUAUCAACAAAGGUCCUGAUAGAGCAACAGUUGCUGUUUUGCAUAGCGAUAAUCACAAUGAACAACAUGAAAAAGAUGAGAUUAAAGAGUAUUAUGACUGUCGGUAUAUCUCAGCAUGCGAGGCAUCAUGGAGGAUAUUUAGUUACGAUGUAAAUUACAGAUAUCCUUCUAUUAGCAGGCUUCCAUUCCAUCUUCCAGGUCUACAACCGGUUGUCUUUGGACCAGACGAAGACAUCAAUUCUGUUCUUAACAGGCCAUCUGUCAAGUGUUCUAUGUUUCUGUCUUGGAUGGAACGGAACAAAGACCCUGAUAACCAUUUGGCGUGUACACUAACUUAUGUUCAGUUUCCAACUUGGUAUGUAUGGAAGAUUGAAAACCGUUGUUGGCAACCUCGGAAGAAAGGCAACUCAAUUGGCAGAAUUCAUAAUGUUGCUCCCUCUCUUGGAGAAGCUUAUUUUUUAAGAAUCUUGCUCAAUAAAGUAAAAGGACCUAAGUCAUAUAACGAUAUCAAAACUGUUAAUGGUCAUGUACAUGAUACAUUUAAAGAUGCGUGUUUUGCACUUGGUCUUUUAGAUGAUGACAAAGAGUACAUCGAAGCAAUUAAAGAAGCAAACGAAACAGCAACAGCUUCGUAUGUAUGA